UCAGAACUACACGUAGGUGUGGGGGCACGAUUGACCCUAGGGCGAAAACAAAAAGCUUUUGAUUAAACGAAUCGAAAUCAAAUUCGAAUCCGAAAACUCAUCGGUGAGCUUUGGUUUUUCUCCGUCGUCGGAGCUGAAAUCGAUUUCAAUCUUGCGCCGUUCUCAGUUUCCGAUUAAUCGAGGGAGGGUAUGGAUUGGGACAACGUAGCAGCUGAGGAUGUGAUCGAGGCCCUGAGAGAAGUCGAAUGGUCGACGCCUCCUCGUUCCUUGGGAGAGUUCUUCUCUAGAUUCGCGUUCCCUCGCUCGUUCUCUAAGUGGAAGAGCCGUCUCAAGUGCAAUCUCUACUACUAUCGGACGAAUUACUUUAUCCUGGUGAUUUUCGUUCUGGGUCUUGCGUUGAUUACAAGACCAUUGGCUAUUGUGGGUACUGCCUUUACGGCUUUAAGCAUAGCUUUUCUUAAUGACAGUUUUGCGGCUACUUUUAAUGAGAAGUUUAUAAGGACUAUUAGGCUUUUCUCUCCACACAUGGCCGCAAAAAUGAGGCCUCCCCACAUGCCUGUCAUCCGUGGGAGAUCAGCAGCAAGAAAGACAGUAUACGUUUGUGGGAAACCACGAUGGGUAUUCGUCGUUAUUUUCCUAACAGCCAGUCUUGUCAUGUGGUUCUCUUCCUGCGGCUUGUUGUGGGUCCUCUAUGCAUUUCUCACUUCCCUCUUCGUGGUUAUAGUUCAUGCAAGCGUGAGAACACCGAAUCUCAAGGCACGCUUAAACACAUUCCGUGAAGAGUUUCGAGCUGUAUGGCGAAACUACAGUGAACUUUAAAAGUCACAGGUUACUAAAGAAUCUAGAAGCAAACCGAGCAGCCAUCAUGUUGUCAAGUAACCAUGGUCAGAUGAUGCCGACGUACUUGACCAAGUUACUUUAUUUGCUGUAGUUAUGCUCAUACUUUUCAGACUGUGUUAGUGAUUUUGACUUCACAAAAAUCUCUUUUUAAUUAUAUAUGUAGCAUAAUCUUUACCUGAAUUAUAGCAUUCAAUCAUUUUCUUCGCAACA